AUGAAUUUAUUAUCCCUUCAAAUCUCAAGCUACUUGCUCAUUACUCUUUUAUUUAACUACGCAUUUGUUCUCCAAUUAUGUAAUGCUAAAAGUGAAGAAUUGACUACGAUAACAACCACCACCGUAUGUGCUACUACCACUACCACCGUUAUAUCGACACCAAUACCGCCCAUUCCCACUAAAACUUGGCCCUUUCCUACAGAAACGCUAACUUCCUGUACAACAAUCUUCCCUACUAAAACUACCUACACGGUUACGCCCACCGAAACGACCACCGGCAGGCGCACCCAGACAAAGUUCCCAUGGUCAAGUACCACCGCAUCCUUGGUUCCUAACAAUUUUCAAGAGCUCCCUGGGAACCCUGAUCCGUCAGAAAUUCACCUGAUCACUGCAGUGACUAAACAUCAUCCCCCUUCUAAGCCAACGGAUGCCUCUCAGAAUAGUGCAGUAAGAGAGGGUGGUGUUAGAUAUGGUGAUAAGGUAGCGGUUCUUUUGGCAGCUGUUCUUGCAGCUGUUGCUUUAUUUUAG